CCGAUCACAUACUGCCCCGCCGGCCAUAUCUUCAUAAGCACUCGGCAACAGCUCUAGCAGUAUCCGUGCAAAGGCUCUGGGCGCGCUGCAAGACAUACUUGCUCCAAGACUUCCUCAUCCUCAGUGCACCAGUAGGCUACUUUGCAACCGGAGGGGGGCCUAUAGCAACACGCAAACAUGCCGGCCGUCUUGGACUUCAGCGGGACGCCCCAGCAGUCCCAUGAAGAAUGGGUCAAGGCGAUGAAGGAAUCCCGCCGCUCGAGCAUGUCCUUCCACUUCCACAACACACUGCGCAAGGAGUUCCCGUUCAGCUACCAGUACCUGAAUGAUCAGCUGCCCCUGGUGAAGCUGUACGCAGUGACCUGUGAGUAUAUCAAAGGCGAGAAGCAGUUCUACUACAGAGCCCAGAAGUUCUACGAGGACGUGCCCGCGUCGGAGGAGGGCAUGAUGGGAGAUUAUGUGGAGCUGUCCGAGGUGGACCUGGAGGGCUCGCGGCAGUUCCUCAAGAAGUUUGUCGGGGGUCCCGGUAAGGCGGACACCAAGCGUGCCCUGGACUGUGGCUGCGGCAUCGGCCGCGUGUCCAAGGGAGUUCUCUUCCCCAUCUUCGAGACCAUGGAGAUGGCGGACAUGAUGGAGGAGUUCCUGCUGCACGCGCACGAGGAGUACCUGGGCGACUACGCCGACAGGGUGGAGUCGUAUUUCUGCUACAACCUCAAGGACCUCAGGCUCGCGCCCAGAAGAUACGACGUUGUCUGGAUACAGUGGGUCGCCUGCCAUCUGACCGAUAAGGACCUGACGGAGUUCCUGAUGCGCUGCAAGGACAGCCUGCGGCCCAACGGCGUGGUGGUCAUCAAGGACAACAUGGCGCGCCAGGGCUGCAAGCUGGACCCUAUGGACAGCAGCAUCAUCCGCCACCUGGACAUCAUGAAGGGCAUCAUCCAGAAGGCCGGCAUGGAGGUCCUGGACGUGGUGAAGCAGGAGGGCUUCCCUGAGAUCAUGGUGCCCAUAUGGAUGAUCGCCAUGCGGUAAUACCUUCCAGAAGGGGACCAUCUUGACCAGAGACAUUUUUCAUUCAUUUUUUUUUUAUUAUUAUUAUUCACAGGGAUGUGUGUAUAUCUGUAAACCGUGAUUUGGUUGGUGUGAGGAAUGAGCCGGGGCUGGAUAUCUCUAUGACAGGCUAAUGGAACACAAAAAAACAGAUGUGUCCUACCAUGAGUCAAACAGUGGUACAGUAAGAACAGCCCCCAUCACCCCUCAGUCCUAUUAGCUUGUUAGGUUUCGUCCUCAACGUUGCAGUGCAGGUCUU